CUUUGCCAAAAAAUGCUAAAUGUGUAAUGAAAAAGAUCUGAAUUCCCCCAAAUUGGACUAAGGCAGGGGUCAGCAACCUGGGAGCUGCAAAUACUUUUUAACAUCUAAAAUGAAGAUAACACUUUUUAAUAAAGCAGGAUUCUGAGAUAAGAUAUUGUGGUGAACUCCUGCAGAGUGUGCCGGGGUUCUUCCUGUGGAUGUCUCAUUGAUUCCUUGGAAACCCGCUUAUCUUCCCGACUUGUUCCAUCAUUUGAGUUCAAAGCGGGGGGAAAAAAUGCAAGGGCAGGCUGUAUGCAGGUACUCAUCUACAUCCCAAUCUGGCAUAUAACAACUUUAAGUAUGGGGUUAUCUGCUGCUUUUGCAGUUAAACUGUGAACUUCAAGUUCAUGUUAAUUGGCCUUUUUAAGUGUGUCCUGUCAUGAGCAUGUUAUUACCACACGCACAAGGCCAGAGCAGAUCUAACCUGUUUUGUUUUGUUUUUUUAACACUUGUUGCUUUAUUUUACAGCCAGCCUUACUGCUACAUGCAACAAUGGUUAAUUCAUUCCACAAGCUCGUCAUGAUCCACACCUAAUUUAAAUGGAAAAUGUUCGCAUUAGCAUAACUGUUUCUCUGUUAUUAGUUUCUCUUUCAUCAAAGGAGAACAGCUUGCUCACCAUAUCAUCAUGACUUGUUCAGUGCAUGACAGUCAGCAAGCUUGAAACAUACCACAACUCGGCUCCACCAUGGUUACUUAUAACGACAACUCCUCUGCUGGAAAUUCAUCUCUAACCUCUUUGGACUCCAGAAGUCUGAUUCCUGCAACAGUGCUGUCCAUCUGCUUCCUGCUGGGAUUCCUUGGAAACAUUGCUGUGAUGAUUCUCAAGCCAAACUGGGAGAACAUGUCCAGUCUGAGCCAGAGUUUAAUGCUGAACCUGGCUGUGUCAGACCUGCUCUGCAUGCUUACCAUUCCAGUGUGGACAUACUCGUAUCUCAAUAGUUGGACCUUUGGGGUUGAGGUCUGCAAGCUGGUAACAUACCUUGGCUACUGCAGUGUUUAUGGUAGCCUACUGACUGUGACUGCAAUGAGCAUCCAGCGUUACCUUCAGGUGGUGCACUUUGAGAGGAGGUUACAUGAAGUUGAAGCAUGGCAGCUGCUGGUUCCGCUCUGGCUGGUUUCAACGAUCCUGUCCAUCCCUGUUUUAGUGGUUCGAAACCUGGACGACGAUCAGCACUGGAUACGCUGCAAAGCUCACUACUCCUCUGAGGGCCAGAGGAUUGCUAUGGUGUUCACAGGAUUCCUGACAGGAUUUGUGGCAGUUUUUGUCAUAGCUUUUUCAUACAUCAGUCUCUACAGAAAGGUGAAUCGGGCAGCCUUUUUCAACAAUCCACAGACCACGAGACUGAUUAUCAGCAUCGUUGGGACUGUUUUUGUCCUGUGGGUGCCAUGUCUUGUCAUGAAUAUUGUGGAGAUAGCAGCUGUUUCCCUACAUAACAAUCCCGUGAUGAAGUUUUGUGAGGACACCUGGAAUGCUUUUGCCUCUGUAACAUUUGUAAACAGUGCCGUAAAUCCGCUCAUGUAUGCCUUUACUUCUAAUCAUUUGUUCACUCUUUGCCAAAAAAGUGCUAAAUAUUUAAUGGAGAAGUUCAGAAUUCUCCAAAAGCUGCCUGAGUUAUCAGAUAUCACUGCAGAAACUGCUCAGUGAUGAAGGUGCUGUGGUACUCUGUGUUUGUCACAGCAAACUGUAGGUAUUUGGUGGUUUAAUGAUGACAUUUUUUUCUCACAUCAGCUGUGUACUGAUUAAAGCUGGUCCUCACCCAGAGCUGCAAAACAACAUGUUUGUAUAGAAUGCAAUGUUUGUUGACAUGGAAUCAGGUAAACAUUCAAAACAAAGUACCCAGUAUUAAGUGAUAUACGUAUAUUUUACCAUAAAUUAUAGUCUAAUCUCCAUAGUUUUUAAUCUUGUUUAAAUCAUCAUUAUAAUCAUCUUUAACUGUUACCAUCCCCUAUUGCAUGCCAUACUUCAGACAUCAAAUGCAUACAAGUAGAUCCUAAAUUUCCAAAACCAAAUCAAUUAGCUUUGCAGAAUAAACCUAUCCAACCACCGACCCUGCCAAUGCUGAAAGCAGCCUGUCCAAAAAUCACGAGUUAACAAAGAAGGAAUAAGUAGUAUAUUUCAUAAUACUAAUCCUAAUACUAAUGAUGAUAAUAUACUUUAUAGUUAUAAUUCACAAAGAAAAUGUAAGUUAAAAGAUGUUUAGUUAUCUUUUCUUUCUUUACUUCUUUUUUACAUUUAAAUAUUAUUAUGUUUAUUAGUCUUUACAAAUGCGCCAUAUUGUAGUGGUUGCACAAUUGCCCAGAAAAAGAUCCUGCGAGAAGGUGCAGUGCUCUUCUGUUGAGUUCUCCCAUCUCAUUAGGUCUAUUAUCUCCAGCUGUGCACUUGUUAUCGUAUCCCCUCAUUCUCAUGUAUUUAUGUAAUUUUUUAAUUAUUAUUAUUAUUAAUUUUUUUUACGGGGGCGUCCUUGCUGAUUUCCCCGUGUUCUGGAAUUUUUUUUUACUAAUCAGCAUAAAUGAUUGCUUUGAGUUUACUCCAGCCUCCUGUGUUUUUUCAUCUGGGUCAACAAUAAGCAGCUUCCAAGCAAAAACAAAACCAAUAAUAACAAAAAAUCAUUCCAACUUAUUUUUCUCCUUCCUGUAUAAAAAAAUAAAAUCUUUUAUUAAAUAAAGAUGUAUUGUGUUGUUUAGAGAGAGAUCUGACAAGGGUUUAUCUCAUACUUUUGCAGUUC